CAACAUCGCGCCACCGUCUUAAUCCACUAAACCUCCUCACCGCCUCAAUUGAGCGCUUAUUUGAUUUCAACAACCUGUCAAAAUGAACACUAUAAAAUCUGUGUACUACGGCUGGGCCACCCUAAUAGUAGCCGGCGGCGGCGCAUACUACUUUGCCAAAAAAUCAAUCAACGCUGACCGCGCCGCAAAAGCUGAAGCCGACCGACAAAAGCGCAUCUACCACGCCCAACUAGAAGCCGCGCACUUCCCUCCCCCCGGUCCCAGCACUCGGCCUCCAAACCCGCCGAACUCCCAAUCCUCAUCGUCUACAAACACACGGGUUUCAUCAACACCCGGGAGUGUGAGUAACGAGCUCGGAAAGCGGAAGAUGGAGAUGGGGAAGGAGAGGGAGGAUAAGGACUGGCAUACGCAGAUGGAAGAGGCGUGUAAUCCCAGCCAGGAGGCGAGCCAUGACCCCGCGCCGACGAGACAUGCACCUGAGGAUGAAGCGCAGAAGAUGAGGGAGAAGAGCAAAUAUGAGGCAAGUGAUGUGUUCAGGUCGAGGAAAGGGGAUCGAUUUAGCUAAAAGGCCACCACUCUCUACGCUUUUCUACCCUCGAAUCGUGAGACGGAUGCUUGCGGGGAGAGGGGCCCAUCAUGCUGUAUAUAUAGGGUUCACGAGGGACGACUUGGGGUUUUUUGGGUUGGAGAUUGGAUGGAUGGGUAGAGCACAGCAGAGCAAUGGAAAUCUCACUCUCUGCAGUUGUAUUAUGCAAAAG